CCCCGGUCCAGGGCAGAAAUGUCUGCAAAAUCCACACCAUCAUCUGUUUCCAACUCCAUUUCUUGAUGGAAUACAGGGCAUGAUGGCUGAGCUAUAACAAUUGGCCUAAUCUGGCUGUAAUUCUCUUCUAACACUGACAGACUCUUCACUUUGAAAUCCUUCAAAUCCCUCGUCCUCUGAAAUGUCAGAAAAAUCAUCAGCUACUUGCUGAGCUACAACAAAAGCAGCUUCAUCUGACCUUUUAAACUCCUAAAGAAGGCUGAGUCCAGUUUUAGCCCCAUCUCCUUCUAGCUCACUUCCCUGCUUUAUGACCUCCAAUGGUUUCCAAGGGGAGGAUGGAGGCAGCUGACAUCACGCACUGGCUGAUGUCGGGGAUGCGCUCUGGCUGGGUCACAACAAACAGAGGGGCCAACUGAGGCCUUUCACCCCAUUUGGGGGUCUCAGCAUGUCCGGCGACCCACUGCCCCCAAAGAAGAGGAAGGUGACAGAUGGAUACUGCCUGACACCGCUGGGGACCCCCAGGUACAGAAUGCUGUGGCCCAUGUGGAUCCUUGCAGCCCACCUCCUGAGUUCUUCAUGUGUCGCCCAGCCCUCGAGGAACAUCACCAUCGAGAUUAAACGCGAGCCGCCCUUGGUGCAGGUUGGGGAUAGCGUGGCCCUGAUCCCGGGGGGUGCACGGAGGAACCUCUUCUCCUGCAGGUGGUUCCGGGGAGACAAGUACCGCUUUUUUGAGAUCGUGGAGUACAUGCCCUUCAACGCUUCCCUGGAUUACAAAGACGCCUACUCGGGCCGGGAGAGCAUCGACCUCUAUUGCAGGCUCCACAUCCGGAACCUCAGCCUUUGGGACAGCAACUUCUACCGCAUUGAGAAGAUCACAUCCAACAACACCUGGGAAGCGGGUGAGACGGCCUUGCUGGUCCAGGGCAUGCACUCUUCCUGCCUUCUCAUUUUCCCACCUCCUCACCUUCCACGUGGCUGCCUUUCCUGCCUCCUUCCUCACUGGAUGUGUGCCAGAUAGUGUUUGAGAACCAGAGAAACUGGGCUACCAGUUGAGAGGCCGCCUCUCUCCCAUAGGCACCGUCGGGGUCGUUGCCGCCUGCUGCGUCGGCCUCAGUUUUUUCAUUGGGGUCGUGGUCUUCCAGAGAGGCAAUUCUUCUUACAG